UGGAGAAGCUGCUGCCAAUCAGCCUAGUCACCAUUGUUGGUUUCGUGGGAGUGAAUGAGCUACCCGCAGUGCCCGCCUGGAAGAUUUGAGACGAUUCGAGCCUACGUGAGCAAGGAAAAAUGGCUCAGGUCCGCAUUUCUGAUGGCGUGGUGACGCCCUCAGGGCCUUACACCCCAGGUAUUGCACCCAUCAAGCCAGAAUUUGUGGUCAGAGCUCAUGGAAGUCGUGGCGGCGAUGCUCGUGCCGCCAGUUCUUCCGCGACGGUCACACACGAACGAGAAAAGUCACACGCAGCCGCCGCCGAUGAGCAGCGGCAGGAGGAGAAAGGUGCAGUGCAAGAUGACGUUGACGAUGAUCUAGCGGAGGCAUCGAUGGCCAUGGACCAACCCGGUGCGAAACGUCCUAAGCUGAAAGGCAGUGCGCGCAGGCGCGCAAAGAGGGAAGAACAUGCUGCACAAGUCGCUGCCGCGAAAGCUGCCGCUACAUCUGAAGGAGUCGGGACAUGUGGGGGAAAAUCAGGUCAGCGCGGACAGAACAAGAAUCGCAAAUUUGGAAAAAUUGGUGACGACAUUUCCGCUGGCCUGUGCGACUCCAUCAUGAAGCCCCAGCCUUGCAAGUUUGGUGGUCCGCCGCCAAAAGGCAAGUGCUUUUAUGAGCAUGAUGUUGAACGGUAUCUCAAGGUCAAGAAGCAGGAUAUUUCCUUCCCUGCUCCCCCUCCCCCUCCAGUCCUCGAAGAUGUCGAUGAAAAAGUCAGAUUCUCGAAGCUCGGGUUGCUGAGUGUCCCCGGAAAGUCGACGGUUGAUGGCCUUUCCAGCGAUGCCCAGCAUUAUCUUGACAGUCAUUACUCGACCCAGGCGCCCUUCUGCAAGUGGAACAACGUACCCGAUCUCGUAUCGGAGACUGAACUGGAAAAUAAUGACAGCGCAGAUACCACCGCGGAUUGCAAGCGAUCUUUGCUGCUGGAUGGAAGAACGUACUGCACUGCUUUCCACCAGCUAGGUGAUCAUUGUCCGGCAGGCUGGCGCUGUCGCUUCUUGGGCGCGCACGUCAAAGUUCUUGACGAAAAGAGUGGUGGAACGGCGGAAGAGUCUUCCAUUCAGAUACAAGAAGAGACCAGAUCCGUUGUCAAGGAUGUACAGCUUCUCAGAAAGAAGGGAUUCGUGUUCCGUGAGGAGAAUGAGGAGCAAGGGAAGAGUACAUUUUGGCUUGGCGAGUACAACUGGGUGGGGCAAGAAAAAUUGAAGGCGCUGAGGAAGAGAGAAUACCUCCUCCCUCGCACCAACGCGGUCCUCGCACGCCUUGAAACAGAAAACACGCAGCUCGCCCUUCCCCAGCGACCAAUCACUCUGAGCCCAGAAGAAGUCGAGGACCAUCGUGUGAAAGAAGACCGGCGCGUACAGCAAAGGCAGGCUGGAAAAGAGCAGAGGCAGCAGCAGCAUGCUGGGCGAAAGAGAAAAGGCGAUAGCAGUGCACGUGUAGAAGAGGUCGACUUGGACGAUUUGGAAAACGAAAUGCGGGCGCAGACGGCUCAAGUUCCUCAAACGCAAGCAGCUGAGGCUAAGGCAGAGGCAGAGGCAGGGGCGCAGACGUCCUCAGGCGACGGUCUCAUUUUCGAUCUUAGUUCGAUCGACACUGCGCGCAUUCGCCCUUCCGAGAAGCGGCGGCUGAGGUGGAAAGGCGAGCUUUACCUCGCACCGCUCACGACGACCGGCAAUCUUCCUUUCCGAAAGCUAUGCUCGACAUUUGGCUCCGAUAUCCACUGCGGCGAGAUGGGCUUGGCCGAGUCUUACCUACAAGGUAACAGCAGCGAAUGGAGUCUUGUGCGCAGGUGGGAAGGGGAGAGGAUCUUUGGCACGCAGCUGUGCGGCAGUCGACCGGACCUACUGGUGCCCGUCGCCGAGGCGCUGUACAAUGAGUGCGGUGAUGCGCUGGACUUUGUCGACCUCAACUGUGGCUGCCCGAUCGACAUGGUGUUCAACCGGGGUGGGGGCUCAGCGCUGAUGGACCAUCCGAACAAGCUGGGCAAGAUCCUGCGUGGCAUGUCCGCCGUGCUCGGCGAGAUUCCCGUGACGAUCAAGAUGCGCACGGGGACGAGCAGCAAGGUGAACACGGCGCACAAGCUGUUCGCGCGCGUUCAGACGGAGUUUGCUGUCGGCGCUGCGACGCUUCACGGGCGUAGCCGGCAGCAGCGCUACAAGAAUCUUGCGGACUGGUCCUACGUGCGCGAGUGUGCUUCCACGUUGCGCGAGGCCGUGCGCGAGCACAACGAGAGCGCUCGCACGGCUGACAAGGAGGAGAUGGUCCCGAUCCCGAUCUAUGGCAAUGGCGAUGUGUACUCGUGGGAGGACUAUUAUGCCAAUUUGGAGCAUACCGGCGUGGACGGCGAGAUGCUGGCGCGCGGCGCGCUGAUCAAACCAUGGCUCUUCACCGAGAUUAAAGAGCGGCGCUCGUGGGACAUCAGCAGCCGCGAGCGCCUCGAUAUGGUGCGGCGCUACGCCUCGUACGGCCUCUCGCACUGGGGCAGCGAUACGCAGGGCGUCAACCUGACCCGGCGCUUCCUGUGCGAGGCCAUCAGCUUCUGGCACCGCUACGUCCCGCAUGGCCUGCUCGAAUACGUGCCGCCGCGCAUUAACGACCGCCCACCCAUCUUCAAAGGCCGCGAUGAGCUCGAGACGCUGCUGGCAAGUGGCAACUCGAACGACUGGGUCAAGAUCUCCGAGAUGUUCCUCGGCAAGGCGCCUGCAGACUGGAAUUUCAUUCCGAAACACAAGUCCAAUUCGUACAGCGAUGCUGCCGAGAAUCAGGGCUGA